UCUCUCCCUCUCGCCGCUCUCUCUCACUCGCCGCUGUCGAUCUCUCUUCCUCUCGCUGCUCUCUCACCGCUUGGCCGCCGCCGAUCUCUCUCUGCUUUACCGCCGUUCUCUCUCCUCUUGGCCGCCGAUCUCCGCUCUCUCUCACACCUGCAGACACCAAAGAUCCUUGCCGGCUUCUUUCAAAUUAUUAACUGGUUCUUCCUUUAUGUGACCAUCCUGCUCUCUUGGAUAAAUCUGAAACUUAUUUAGCACUGAUUCCAUAAAACGAGCAUCUCAGAUCUUAAGUCAGAUUCCUUGAAAAGCAAUUGGUGCAUAUAGUCAGUCAGUUAUUUAAUUGUAGAAAUGAGAGGGUCAUCAUUGGGACGCUCAACUACACACUCCAAUGACUUACCACCACUUGGUACUUUAGAGUUAUUGGAUGAGAACAGUGAAGGAGAACAUUCAGCCGGUGAUAGCAUUGAAGGUGGGCAUUCAACCGGUGAUAGCAUUGAAAGUGGGGCAAGGGCAAGUACUAAUAAUGCAAAAAAGUCAAAAAAAGAUGGAUAUAAGAGGGACGCAAGAGGGCGCAUAUAUGUACACCUUAGGGGUGAUAAAUUGUGUCCGACCGGUGUAGUGGCCAACAUAUGCAAUAAGGCUUUUAAGCACAUAUUUGACCCGGGCAUACAGCCAAGCAACGCUUUCGGAUGAAUAUAUUGAACAUUAUUGGAAAGAAUUUGAGGUGGAAUGCAAGAAAGCUUUUCACAGUCAAUACAAAGCUAGAUACGGCGAUAUCAUGGGUUAUAAGAAAAAGACAAUGAAGAAACCGGCCUACUUCACGGAUGACCAGUGCACGAAAUGCACCGAUGCCUGGAAUCUUCCUGAGAAUAUCACGGUUUCUGAGAGGUGCUCGAAUAAUCGAAGACAGGGGCGGGAGAAAGCCUUUGGAACACAUUGUAAUGGCUGUAUUCCAUUUGAAGAGACCGUUGAGAAAAUGACUGAGGAAAACAACGGGAUAAUACCUCCAUUUGUAGAUGUCUUUGGUAAGACCCACACGUUCAAAACAAAAGAUUCACAAGGGAUGGUUUCGCAAAACGCCACUCGGAUUAAUAAUGAUAUUAUGAGAAGGGCUGAAGAAUUAAGAGCCGAAGGGAUAGACAAUCCAGAUAAAGAUGCCAUCUUCUUGGAGCUUCAUGGUAAGGUGAAGAAGAGAAAGCAGAUUCCCGGUGCAGGAAGUGUAACAAAAUUAUACUUCCCGUCAGCUACUUCAGCAUAUGCAUCUGGACGUUGGACAGGCAGAAACCCUAGGAAGAUGGACGAGCUCUACGAGCAACGACUUCAAGAAGAACGGGAGCGAAUGGCAGCCCAAAUGGAAGCCCGGAUGGAAGAGAGAGUUAGAAAGAUAGAAGAAGUGUCUGGAGAAGAAAAUGGAAUUGAUGAAGGAAGAGUCGGAGAAGAAAAUGGAAUUGAUGAAGGAAGAGAUGCAAGAACACCUUCAGACUUUAUUUACUGAAAAAUUGAAAGAUUUGGGUAAACUAUAGAUAUAGACUUGAGCAUUUUGACUCAUGAUAUUGUGAAACUCUUUAAUUCGUGUCUGUGAAACAAUUUUAUUCUCAUCAAUCCUUUGGGUAUUUUAAUUUGAUA